AUGAAGACUGCUGUCCUCGUCUCUGCCCUUGGCCUGGCGGCCUCGGCUGCUGCGUCCGGCCCCACGGUCUACCUCAUCCGCCACGGCGAGAAGCCCUCCUCGGGCAACGGCCUCAGCGCCCAGGGUCUGGAGCGCGCCCAGUGCCUGCGCACUGUUUUUGGCGCCUCGAGCAGCUACAACAUUGGCCACAUCAUGGCCCAGCAGCCCUUGUCGAGCGGCAAGCGCCAGCGCCCCCUGGACACGGUGCAGCCGCUGGCCACCGACCUCGGCCUGACGGUCGACACCUCGUGCGACCGCGACGACGAGAGCUGCGUCAAGAAUGUCAUUGACAACUACUCGGGCAGCGGCAACAUCCUGCUCUGCUGGGAGCACGAUGAGCUGACCAACAUUGCCGAGGCGCUGGGCGCCAACAACGCCCCGACGUACCCGGACGCCAGCUUCGACCUGAUCUGGACGGACCCGUCCGACUACUCGUCCAUCACCAGCAUCACGUCGGAGAACUGCCCCGGCCUCGACAACUAG